AUCUUCGAAAGAGAAAUCGUUCAAAAAACGCGGUUUGUCCAUCGCGCUCUAACCACGUGACUCACAUCAUGUGACAUAUGUUUUGGCGCAAUAUGGCGCCACUGGCUGUUGGAGUUAGAGUGCGAUGAGGUCGUGGAGACGAUUUUUGGCAUGUUUUGCAUCUGACAGCUAACGAAAAGAUGCCUGUUGAUAUUAAUCGAUUAACGGAGGGUUGGUUGGAGCUAGAGAGCGACCCGGGCUUGUUCACGUUGCUAUUGGAAGACUUCGGUGUGAAGGGGGUCCAAGUGGAGGAGAUCUACGAUCUGCAGAAGUCUCUGGAAGGUCCGGUCUAUGGUUUCAUUUUCCUGUUUCGAUGGAUCGAGGAACGGCGAUCCAGGCGAAAGGUCGUGGAGCAGGAUGAGAGUUUUGUCAAGGACGAGGAGAUAGUUAACAAUAUCUUCUUCGCACAGCAGGUGGUCCCGAACAGUUGCGCUACGCAUGCGCUACUCUCGGUAUUGCUGAAUUGUCCGAACAUUCACCUGGGCACGACCCUGUCGCGACUGAAGCUACACACAUCCGGCAUGUGCCCAGAGAACAAGGGGUGGGCGAUCGGCAAUACGCCGGAGCUGGCCUGCGCGCACAACUCGCACGCCAUGCCUCAGGCAAAAAGGCGGCAGGACAAGAACACCGGCGUCUCCACGGGCAGAUUUACUGGAGAAGCUUUUCAUUUUGUGAGCUACGUACCGAUAAACGGCAGACUCUUCGAACUGGACGGCUUGAAACCUUAUCCUAUGGAUCAUGGACCGUGGAAGGAGCACGAGGAGUGGACAGAGCAAUUUAGACGCGUCAUUACCGAUCGUUUAGGCAUGGCGACUGGCGAGCAGCUGCAGGACAUUAGAUUCAAUUUGAUGGCCGUUGUGCCCGACAGACGUCUCGCAAUCUCGCACAAAUUAACGAUGCUGAAGACCAAUAGACAGAUAGUCCUGGAAGCUUUGCAGCAAUUGAUGAAAUUGAGUCAUCAUGAUGGCAGUAACACGGAGAAGAAUUCGCAUAAAGAAAUCGAUCCCGAUAAGGAAAAACGGGAGUAUGAGAAAAGAAGCAAGACCGAGGAUGAAAACGGAUUGCCUGUUAAGACGGAGAUCGAAGAGCCGCCUGCAAUUCCCACUAUCAACGUCGAGAGAAAUAACGAUUCAACGGUGGUUAUGGAUGAAUCGGUCUCCGGCAUCACAUCUGGGAAAACCGAAUCCACUGGAAUAGAGAAGGUGGUGAUGUGCGCUCUGGAUUAUGCAACGCCUUUGCGAAUUCAAACAUCCCCAGCUCACAGCUCUUCGAGUACGGACACGUCAUCAGAAAUCGGAUCCGCCUUUAACUCACCCACUCAAGCUUGGGGAUGGAAUUCUGGUCAGAGCAGUCCCACGUCGACGAAGGAUUUCAAGAAGUUUGUAGUAAUCAGAGUUGCCGGUGACGAGAAAAACGAGGCAGGACUGAGUCGUUCUCUGGGAAAUAUCAAUAUAAACGGGAAGAGAUUGGUUUCUGACAGCGGUCACUUGCACAAGAAGGUUUGUUUAUCGGGCGAGGUCAGAAUUCCUCACGCAAGGGUAAAAACCAGCAACGGCGACACGGUCACGGAGGAGAAGAAGGUCGAAAAAAUCGAUCCCAAGCUGUGCUCCAAAUAUCCGGAAUUGUUCGAGCCGCACACGUUCGCGCCCAAGGAUCUCCUGGCGUUGCUGAAGAAUUUGGAGCACGAGAUCAGCGUGUGCGAGACCAGCCUGAAGGACGAGAACGACAAGAGAAAUAAGUACAAGAUUGACGAUUGCCGGAGAACGCAUAAUUAUGACGAAUUCAUUUGUACCUUCCUCUCGAUGCUGGCCCAACAGGGGAAACUGGCGGAAUUGGUUCAGCAACAUCUAACAUUAAAGAAGCAUUCUUCCGUUUCGGUGAAUAGGGUUCACAGAUCAUCGAAGAAGUCCGACACCCGUCAGAACUCUUCGCGCAGACGUCGUGGUAGAACAAAAUGUAAAAAACGAAAGUAAUCUCUAGCUAAUGUGAAUUUUAGGCGUAGGGCAUCAUUCCGUCUGUUUGGAAUUAUUUGGAUUGUUUAUAAUGAGCACACACGAAAAUUUGGUUUUAUAAAAAUCAUAUGAAGAGGCCAUACACAGGUGAUUAUCAGGAUCAAAAUUAUACGUAAAUACUUCAGAGGAUGAAUUUAGAGUCCGAAACAAGAAGAAAAAAAUCGACACGAAUGCCGUUUAUUUAUUCUUCGGGUCAUAAUAAAUAUUUAAAAUGCCAUUGUGAAAAUUUUUUUUAUAAUUUUUUAUAUAAUUUUUUAAAUUUUAUGUAUAAUUUUAAAACUAUUUAAAAAAUUUUUGGGAGUUUUUGUAACGUUUUUAAAGUACUGAGAAAAUUAAUAUUUUUUUUUAAUUCUAAAAUAUUUUAGGAUUCUCAUCUUUAAUUUCUAAUAAAAAUUUAUAAAAUUUGAUAUAGAUUCAAGGUCGUGAAUUAGCUAAUUAAAUAGAAGAUAGACCAACGUCUUACGAUUUUUUUAAAUUUUUAGAAAAUGAGACAUGACAAUUUUUUAUACCGGGACAUUUUUAUUUUCAUAUGACAAUUUUUCUUCUUUUUCGGCAAAUUUACUCUGCAAUAUCGUCCUGUAUAUUUAAUCUGUAAUCUUUAUCGGCAGUCACAGAAGAACUUUUUAAAACUAGGCGGCGUAUAAGGACUGAUAGUCUCACCUGCUCCUGUUAUUACUAUUAUUCUUUCAGAUUUAUUGACUUAUUAUUAUAAUUAGCUCGAUAUUUCUGAUUUUUAAACGUAAUGCAAGUAUUUUCUAGACAAUCAUAGAACUGAUCUUAACUCGGAUGCUACAUCAUUGAGUAGACAUUAUUUCUUACACUGUACAGGUUACAAUGUAUACACAUAUAUUUUUUAUAUUCUUUGUAUAAUAUUUGCACGCGUGGUAUUAUUUGUCCAAAGUAGAUAUUUAUGCUUAUUGUAGUCCCGCUUACUCGUUUCGAAAGUAUCCCUAUUUUCUGAAUUGUAUGUAUAUUUCAGGUAAAAUAUAUAACUUAUUGAAAGAACGAUGUUAGCGUUCCUUCUUAUCAAACUACCGAAGAGGAGAAAGAGGAGGAGGAGAGAAAGAGAGGCGACAAGAAUUAAGGAAAGGGCCUUGUGUCAAAAACAUUGAAAAUAUUUAUUUAUCGGUAUUCAUAUACAAGUACACUACACGCGCUGUGGAUAUGUCCCUUAGAGUCUAAAUACUUACAUCUCCGAGCAGCCGGAGAAAGGAGAACCAAGCAUAUUCGAUUGGCUGGAAUUACGGUUUGUUUUUUUCUGUUUUUUAAUCGUAAAUCGGACGACGGGUCAUCGAUCAUCGCCUCUAAGUCGCUUUACCGUUAGUAUAGUGCACAUAGGAACUGUAGUCAAAACGCGCGCGAACGAUCUCGUGGGGCACAAUCGGGAGGAUGAUGGAAGUGAAGAGAGGGAAAAAGGGGAAAAAGGGAUGAGAGUGUCGUUCCUUCUCCGGCCGACGCUUCGGCGGUCCUCGUAACUGCUUUUUGGCAAAAAAAGGGGUGCGAUUGUAUAUGUAUAUACAAAUUUGUAACGUGUUCAGCUCUCGCGACGAUCGCGUCGCAUUAUCGGUGAUGAUUGUUUUCGAGGCGAGCGAGACAAAAGUGCGCGAGUAAUCGGGAUGUAUGUGUGUGUGUUUAUUGUUUAUUUGUUUGUUGUGUAUCUGGGAUCUAUGUAGAGUGUUAAAAAUCCGGAAUCGCGCGUCGAGACCACGUCGUCGACGUUGAUCGCGGAAAUCGCGGGCUCAUUAGUUAUAACAAUAGAAGACAACGUAUGUACACGUGAUGCGGUAUCCUCGUUUUUUUUCUCUCGCAAGAAGCGCACAUGACUUUGUCGUUACAACAGGCACUCUCGGUAUUUUACAAGCGACGCGACUGCGAAACGCGCGGCGGUGUUGCUAGCGAACGUCGUCCUCUGUAGCGUGUCGAAGCUCGGCGACGAUGGUGACGACUCGGAACGUUUUAUUGCUUUAUUUACGUUGUAUUUAAGUGUAUAAAUCGACAUCGUGGAUUUCAUUGUUAGCAUUCUGUCCACUCAAUUGAGCUCAAACUGAAAGUCUUUUGUUAUCAAGUAAAUAUAUUUAUUUUAU